AGUAUGAGAAAUCAGGGAAAAUGAAAGUAUCUGUCCCGCUAAGGUUUCUUCGGGCGGAGGCUUAGGGUUUGUCACCGACGUUGACGGAAAAAGCAGCCGGAGCAGGAGGAAAACUAAUUCGUCGGCUCUUCAAUCUCUGCAACUCUGGUAGAUCCAUGGUCCACAGCAUCACCUUAGCCCCAAGGAUCAAGGAUUUAACAAUGGAACGGUCCCUCUGAGACAGAACCGUGACUGAACUGUAUACAGUUGCCUUCGAAAUCUUGGAUUUAAAGUUGUUGACAGGGAUUCAUCCUCUAGGAAGAAAUGGAAACAAAAUUCGGAAGGGUAUUGGAUAACAGCAGGCAAAUUGUUGUCAAUUUAAAAAGAAAACUUGAGACUCAAACUGAGACAUAUAAUAAUGGAACUAUCCACUCAUUACUACAAACAUCUUGCCCUGAUAAUUCUACCACAGAAAACUUUAGCAAGCGAAGAAAAUUGGAUGGAGUCAAAAGCAAGUCUAGCUGUGGUGGGUUUCACCUCAGGAAAUCUCCAGUGCAACACUAUCUGAAUUUUAGAAGAAGUGGACCUCCAAUCCGCUUGAUGUAUUAUAAAAAGGGUAAAUGGACUGACUUUCCUCAGAACAUUCUUGCAGUGGUUAAGCAAAAUUUGCAGAUGGAGAAGUCUCUAAUAGAGGUAUGCUUUAAUGGCAACAUUUGUGUGCUUGACUUUGUCUCAAUGGUGCUGGUGGACUUGAAAAUGGGUUUCCAGCAAUCAAUUGCAUGGAUUGAUGAAGCUGGGAAUUGCUUUUUCCCAGAAAUUUUUUCUGAUUGUGAUGAAGUGGACGAAUGCUAUGACACUGAUUAUGUGAAUGAUUGUGUUGGUGUAGAUUUGAACACCCAAGGCUCCAAUCAUAUUAACUUGCAAAUUGAUAUUGAAAUUAAUGGAUCAAAUAUCCCUGAGACAGAGGAAUCAAGUGGGGAGUCCAAUGCUAUCGUCGAACUAGUUAAAGUUGAUUUGAAACCAGAAGCAGGAGGUUCUGAUAUGGAAAAUGGUGAUUACUAUAAUGGCUUUUCAACUGCAAAAGGCAAUGAAAGUUCAGCUGAAAAUGUACACGGAGAGGGGAGAACACUGAUGCCUUACUCAGCCUUGGGUAAUCUGGACUCUGAUUCAGUGAGGAAAAUAUUUCUUAAAUGCAUUAAGCCAUCUGUUCAUGCAAAUAUAAUUGAUGUAUAUCGUGAAUCAAGCACUUUCAUGGAAGCUAGAUUGGAACUUUUUCAGAAGCAAGCUGAGAUUAUAAAAAAGCUGCGUGGAUUUGCCAAUGUCCAAUUUGCGUGGCUUCCUUCUACUAAAAGUGCACUUUCUAGUAUAAUGAAUUAUGGCCUCUUUAGUUGUGAUCCAACCAAAAUGAAUUUUCAGUAUGGAUUUGGAGUUCAUCUAUUCCCUAUUAAUCAUACUGAAAUCAGUGCAAACUUUUGUGAUGUUGACGAAAAUGGUGUACGACAUAUGAUUUUGUGCCGAGUUAUUAUGGGAAAUAUGGAGCCAGUUUACCUUGGAUCUAAGCAGUUCCAUCCCAGUAAUGAGGCCUUUGAUAAUGGUGUAGAUGAUCCUCAAAAUCCGAAGCAUUACAUAAUAUGGAGUAUGAAUAUGAAUACUCAUGUUUAUCCGGAAUAUGUUGUUAGUUUCAAGCUUUCUUCUGAAGUUGAAGGAGCAGUGGUUCAAAGUGAGAGCUUGAAUGAUGUUUCAGGGGUUAGUACUGUUCAGGGGUCAUCAUAUCAGGCAUAUAACAACCAUCAAGUUUUACUCCAAAAGCCUCAAGGGAAUGUUCCUAGGAUCCCAAAGUCCCCCUGGAUGUCAUUCCCCGUGUUGUUUGCUGCUAUAUCAGAGAAAGUUGCUCCAGAGAAGAUGAAAAUUGUUAAUAGCAGUUAUGAGUUAUUCAAGAGUAAAAAGAUUAGCCGUGAUGAAUUGGUGAAAAGGCUGAGGUUGUCUGUUGGGGAUACCUUAUUGAGGUCCACUAUAAUGAGUCUUCAGUCCAAGAUAACACCAAAACCUGUUGAAUUGGUCACACCAAAACUAGAGCCCUGAAGUUUUUGGCCUCUAAACUGAGGUGGCACCUUUUUUGUUCAGGUUGUCAAGAAAGGGUGGCUUUAUUAUGUGUAUAAGUAGAGUAUGAUCUUGAAAAUACCCAAUGGUUUACCUUGGAUUGCUGUUAUAUGUUGAAACUAACUGGAGCUUUGCUUUAAGUUUCCAUUUGGCAUGUUAUGCUUAUUUCUUUCCGUCAAGAUUGUUGAUAAUAAUAUUGAACCUGUUUCAGACUUUUA